CUUGUUUGACUACUUGCUAACUAAAUCUGGUUACGUAGAAGAUAAUUCAUAUGUAAUUCAUAUAUUUUUUUAAGAACAAAUUAUUAUUGCAAAGUAGCUGCACACUGAAGAUAAAUAGAAAACAAUAUAUAUUUUAUCAGACACAUAUGUAGCGCACUUAACUGGAAAACUAGCGGAGUCAAAACCAUAUUGUUUAUGUCAAGAUUCUGUCAGGUAAAUCUGAUGUUCGUGAUACAGUCUAAGAUUCCGACGUAAAAAAGUGAAAGUAAAUUAUCCUAAAAAAAAAACCUGAAACUAUAUUAUAUUAAGCUAAAUGGUAAUAACAGUAAUGACAUAGUGUGUGUGGACGCAUUUCAAAAGAGUCUACAUGAAUCAGUCAAUGUCUGUAAAGAACGUAGCACUCAUCCUUAUUGAUCUACAGAAUUCAUUUAUCACUGGAAGAUGGAUGAGGUAUUUUGGUGAACAAGACAUUACAAAGAUUAGGUCUUCAUUCAAUAACUGCUUAUCCCUUUUAAAAGUUCUACCACCGGAAUUACCAGUAUUAUUCACUAGGGUGCCAUUUGGUAGAGAGUCUGAUUUUCAAUUCUAUGAUGGAAUUGAUUCAAUUGUUGCUGAGAGAAAAUAUAAAUGUAUAAUUAAAUCAGAUACAAACAUUAUGGAUGCUGAUGGCAUUAAAAAUUGGAUGGAUAUGAUAAUGAGAAACCAAAUAUCAACUGUUGUCAUUGGAGGAUGUGUGACAACAAGCUGUAUUCGUAACUCUUCCAGUAAUCUUGUCAAACAUUAUAAAAAUAUAUCUGGUGCCCCAGACUUUAUUGUUGAUUUAAACUUAUGUGCUGCUCGUAACCAAAAUUAUAAACCACGCUGUUCUCUCUGCAUGAACAAAUAUCUUAAUGGAGUUUCGGAUUUCUUUUGUGGGCAAUGCGAGACCCUGGGUGAACCCCUAGAGUCACCAGUUGACAGAGCUGUGUCAGAUAUGCGAAAAGCUGGUGUUACUGUAAUAGAUAAAUUUGAGUGGGAAUCUUUGAUUAGCAAAUAGAAUUUAAUUUCAUCCGUUAGUUGUUCUCAAAUUGUUAUUUGGCAAAUAAAUAUUGAUUAAUGGC